AUGAAUCAUACGGUGGCAAGCUGGGACGCUCCCGUGGCAGAGCCCGCCGAAUUUUCAUCCACAGUCACGCCCUCGGCGGCGACAGCAGCCACACCUCUUUGCUGUUUGCCCUGGCGCGCGAGCGUGCUGCCUGCCUGCGAGUUGCAGCACGGUGGCUCCUCGCAGUGCUGGCCCGCCGCGUGCUCGCGCUCAUGCUCACUCUCGACAACCGUGACUGUUCUGGGCGCUCGCGCAUGGCAGCGGCGGCAGGCUGCAGCGGUGCAGGCUGCGUCGCAAACCGCUGCGACACUCAACACUGCGCCUCGCCUCGCCUCGCCCCUCUUGCCAGGCUGCGUGCCCGGCGCGUUCGCCGCUCAGCCAGGCUCUGGAGGACGCCAGCAAGCCCGACGCGAACGCGGCGGCUCGUCGCGCCAUCGCGCAGCCCCUCUCCACGGUCUCCUUUUCCCAGUCCGGCUUGCGUACACAGGCUCAGCUUGUCCCCCGCUGCGUCGUCGCACUGCCAGCCCAGCCCGGCCCAGCCAAUUGCGCGGCCUCUCUCCUUUGUGA